AUGGCAGUGUCAAAUAUGCUGUUCUCUGACGUAGAAAGUUUCCUGGACUCACAUCCGGAGUUGUUCGAGGACUACCUGAGCAGGAAGGGGAAUUAUAGCAUGGUGGAGAAAUGGCUCAAGAAUCACCAGGCGAGCAAAGCAGCAGCAGCAGCAGCAGGACCGGCGGCGGCUGUAGCAGCUGCUGCUGCUGCUGCUGCUGCAGCUCCCAUCACCAAGCCGAGAGAGGAGAGGAGCCACGCGUGCAUGGACAGCUGGGCGAGCAAAUGCGACGGCCUGCAGCGGAGAGCCUCCCAGAAGGAGCUGCGCAAAACUUUCGCCCGAUCCAAGGCCAUCAACGUGAACAGGACCUACGACGAGCACGUGAACUCCAGGGCGCAGGAGCCGCUCACGAGCAUGAGGAGGAGAGCUCUGCUGAGGAAAGCCAGCUCCUUACCCCCGACCACUGCGCACAUCCUGAGCGCGCUGCUGGAGUCCAGAGUCAACAUCCCCCAGUACCAGUCCACAGCCGUGGACUUCAAAUAUUACCUGAAAGAGAACAACGAAAGAGAGUUCUUCCUGGAGCUGGUUAAAGACAUCUCCAACGACCUGGACCUGACGAGCCUCAGCUACAAGAUCUUGGUGUUUGUGUGCAUCAUGGUGGACGCAGACCGGUGCUCCUUGUUUUUGGUGGAGGGAACGGGCAACAAGAAGACACUGGUGUCCAAAUUCUUUGACGUGCACGUGGGGACCACGGUUUUACCCUCAAUGAACUCAGAUGAAGUUCAGGUGCCGUGGGGCAAAGGGAUCAUUGGAUACGUGGCUGAGCAUGGAGAGACAGUGAACAUCCCUGACGCAUAUCAGGACCGCCGGUUCAGUGAUGAAAUUGACAAGCUGACAGGGUACAAAACCAAGUCCCUCCUGUGCAUGCCCAUACGCAACAGUGAUGGUGAGAUCAUUGGGGUUGCUCAGGCCAUUAACAAGACUUCCAGUGGAGAGCUCUUUACUGAAGACGAUGAGAAGGUUCUGCAGAUGUAUUUGCCCUUCUGUGGUAUUGCAAUCUCCAAUGCUCAACUCUUCGCUGCCUCGAGGAAGGAGUACGACAGGAGUCGGGCACUCCUGGAGGUAGUCAAUGACCUGUUUGAAGAACAGACUGACCUGGAGAAGAUUGUUAGGAAGAUCAUGCAUCGUGCCCAAACACUGCUUAAGUGCGAGCGCUGCUCUGUUCAGUUGCUGGAGGACAUUGAGUCACCGGUGGUCAAAUUCACUAAGUCGUUUGAGCUACUGUCCCCAAAAUGUAGCGCCGACACGGAAAACAGUUUUAAAGACAGCAUGGAAAAAUCUUCCUAUUCAGACUGGCUCAUCAACAACAGCAUUGCAGAGCUGGUGGCAUCGACAGGACUACCAGUGAACAUUAGUGAUGCCUAUCAGGAUCCCCGCUUUGAUGCUGAGGCAGACCAGUUCUCUGACUUCCAUAUCCGCUCUGUGCUUUGUGUUCCGAUAUGGAACAGCAACCACCAAAUUAUUGGUGUGGCUCAAGUGCUGAACAGGCUUGAUGGGAAACCAUUUGAUGACGCGGACCAACGUCUCUUUGAGGCUUUUGUGAUCUUCUGUGGACUGGGCAUCAACAACACAAUCAUGUACGACCAGGUGAAGAAGUCUUGGGCCAAGCAGUCUGUGGCGUUGGACGUUCUGUCUUACCAUGCCACUUGCUCCAAGACGGAAGUGGACAAAUUUAAGGCUGCUAACAUCCCUCUGGUCUGCGAGCUGGGCAUUGAUAAACUCUCCUUUGAUGAUUUCUCCCUGGAUGUCGACGCCAUGAUAACGGCAGCUCUGAGGAUGUUCAUAGAGUUGGGAAUGGUGCAGAAAUUUAAGAUUGACUAUGAGACUCUCUGCAGAUGGCUGCUGACUGUCAGGAAAAACUACAGACUGGUUCUCUACCACAACUGGAGGCAUGCGUUCAACGUCUGCCAGUGCAUGUUUGCUAUGCUAACGACGGCAGGUUUCCAGGAGACGCUGACAGAGCUGGAGAUCUUAGCUCUUAUUGUAGGUUGUGUGUGCCACGAUUUGGACCACAGGGGCACCAACAAUGCUUUUCAAGCCAAGACGGGUUCAGCCCUCGCUCUGCUUUAUGGUACCUCUGCUACGCUGGAGCACCACCACUUCAACCACGCCGUUAUGAUCCUGCAGAGCGAGGGUCACAACAUCUUCUCCAACCUGUCGUCCACAGAGUACAGCGACCUCAUGCAGCUGCUGAAGCAGUCGAUUCUGGCCACGGACCUCACACUGUACUUUGAGAAAAGAAACACAUUCUUUGAGCUGGUCAAAAAAGGAGAGUACAACUGGAACGUUAAGGCCCACAGAGACAUGUGCAGAUCCAUGAUGAUGACAGCGUGCGAUCUUGGUGCCGUCACAAAGCCCUGGGAAAUAUCACGCAAGGUGGCAGAGUUGGUGACGAGCGAGUUUUUUGAGCAAGGUGACCGAGAACGACUGGAGCUGAAGCUCACGCCCUCUGCCAUAUUUGACCGCAACAGGAAGGACGAGCUUCCGGGUCUUCAGCUGGAGUGGAUUGAUGGAAUUUGCGUGCCACUGUAUGAGACUUUGGCCAAGUUGACUCCUAAACUUCAGCCACUGGUUGACAUGAUCAGAGCGAACAGGGCCAACUGGGAGGAGCUGAACAAGAAGAGACAAUGUGAUCAGAGGGUUCCUGUCCCUGUGAGUCCAUACAGCGGUGACACCACAGAAACCAGCAGCUGCACUGUGGCCCAAAACAGCAGCAUUCCCUGCUGCAGCGGCGACGCUCAAAGCAAACUGUCCAAAGCGGCGAGCUAG